CCGCAGCCCGCAUCUGAUGCCCUUGGAGCUUCGCUGAGUCAGACGGGGUGGGAGCGAGGCGUCCCCCCGACCUUCCCGGGCAUUGGCUCGGGAGCGGGCGGGCAGCGCUGGGGCGGGCCGGGCACCGGGAUAAACCCCCCGAGCACGGCCCCAGCCCGGGUGUCGAGGGCCCGGUGGCGGGAGGAUGCUCCUCAGGGCGCGGAUCCUCUGCUGCGUGCUCCUCGCUCUGCUCCAGCGCGGGUGUGGGGACACAGAGGAUGGGGACCUCAAGGAUGAAGGUAAGACCCUGAUGCCAUAGUCCCUGCAUGGCUGUGGCCCCAGCUGCCGCAGCAUCCUCACAGCCAUGGGCUCUGCUGCCCUCACACAGUGCGCAGGUCCCGCUGGCGCUGACAGCACUGUCUCUCCUUCCAGGUUACUACGUGUACCUGGAUGAGGAUGAACUGCCGGAGGUGCUGGGGGGGGCAGCCCGCUGCCAGGACACCUACCAGGACUGGAUCUCCCUCUACUGCUGGGCUCCCUUCCACGCCACCCUCAUGACCACCCCUGAGGGCAGCCGCUGCCACUGGGACCAGAUCAGCAGGUGGGUCAGCGCCGGUCCCGGUGGUGCCGAAUGCACACCCAGAGUGGGGCCACUGCAGCGGAUGUGGUCUCACGCUGCCCCCCCUGCAGCGCCUACAGUGAGCUCUCUGGCUGUACCCAGCUGCUGGCCCAGCUCCUCUCCUGCCCCUGGCCCAGCUCCAUCCUCGAUGCCUUCUUCCUGCAGGUUCAUGCUGAAUACUUCACCAACUGCUCGGGGGCUGAGCCCCCCCGGCCAAGCGCGAUGCCCCCCGGGCUGGCUCUGGCUGUGGCCGUGGGGCUCAGCUGCCUCGUACCCCUUGCAGCAGCCAUUGUGCUCAGCAGAGCCCCAAAGGGGGCUCACACCUCAGCCCCUGCUUGUCCCCAUGCCUGUGAGGAGCCAGCAGCUGCCCCCUUCCUUCCCAGCCCUGGGAACUGAAGGGUGGGCCGGGGGUGCAGGGGACAGGGCAGAGCAGUGGUGGGGGUCUGGGCAUCCCUGGGAAUGGAGUGGGUCCCCAUGGCACUGGGGAGGGGGAAGCUGGGCCUGGGGCUCCGGAUGCCUGCAUCUGCCCCAAAGCAGGGGAGAGUCAGGAGAAGGAGACUGGGCUCCUGACCCUGCCUGGGAUGAGCCUUUCCCCAGCUGGCACGGAGCAAUGGGGAUGCCAGACUAGGGGUGGGGGAGCCCCAAGCUUUGGCUGGCAGCCACUGUCCUGUCCCUGCCCAUGGCGUCCCUGCCCGUCCCCUCCGGACACCCCAGGAGCCCGGCAGCCGUCCCAGCCCCUGGGCUGUGCUGAGAUCAUUGGGUGUCUCCCUGGCGGAGGCUCCUGCCGCCCAGGCGGAGGCUUCACUGGCUCCAACCAAGAGCUGGACCAGGGGGCUCCAACCCUGCGGCCCCCGGAGCGCCAGGGCCCUGAUGGCUUCCAGAUGCAGCCGCUCGCUCAUGAAAGGUCCCGCGCUGCUGCGGGGCGGUGGGGCAGGGUCAGGCUGCUGUGCCGGGGAGCGCAGAGCCCGGCAAGAUCAGCUUUCUGCAGCAGGGAGGGUCCCUCCGAGCUGCGCUUCAUCACGCUCCGAUUCCACUCAGUGCAUCCCAUGGGCGGGUUGUUAAAGGAGAAGCUUUGGACGCACGCUCUGCCCCGGCCCGGGGGUGAAAUGAGCUCACUCGGCCUCAGCCUGGUCCUGGGGUGGGAAUGCCGAGGGGCAGCGCUGCUGCGGAGGGGGGGUUCGGGCCCCACGGGCAGGAGCGGCGCCAGGAGCGAAGGGCGCGGGCAGGGCGGUGCGGGAGGAAGGCGGCGUGGCCGGGGACCGGCAACGUCGGCCAAGCCUCUGCCCUGUCCCCACCUCCCCGCCUGCAUCGGCCUCACACCGCGGGCAGGUCACGCCGCCACCCGACCCUCCUUGGCUGAGGCAGGGGCCCGGGGCUACCGCGGCGAUGCCGGCCAUGGGGCAGGUGCCCCGGGGGAGGCAGGAGCCGCGGUGUCGGGGCUGGGGGUCCCCUGAGCCCCGGGCGGCAGCGUCUGUCCGGGGACACGGCGCUUCUCCAUCCACUCCCCCCGCUGCCGGGCUGCCUGCCCUCCACGCAGGAGACGAGGGAUUUCACAACCCAGCCCAGACAGGAUUAAAGAGAAAUACACAAGUAAACAAA